AUGGAUAUCGCCAUCCACCACCCCUGGAUCCGCCGCCCCUUCUUCCCUUUCCACUCUCCCAGCCGCCUCUUUGACCAGUUCUUUGGCGAGCACCUGUUGGAGUCUGAUCUCUUCCCAGCUUCUACUUCCCUGAGCCCCUUCUACCUUCGGCCGCCCUCAUUUCUGCGUGCACCCAGCUGGAUUGACACUGGCCUCUCUGAGAUGCGUCUGGAGAAGGACAGAUUCUCUGUCAACCUGGAUGUGAAGCACUUCUCCCCAGAGGAACUCAAGGUCAAGGUGCUGGGAGAUGUGAUUGAGGUGCAUGGCAAACAUGAAGAGCGCCAGGAUGAACAUGGUUUUAUCUCCCGAGAGUUCCACAGGAAAUACCGGAUCCCAGCUGACGUGGACCCUCUCACCAUUACUUCGUCCCUGUCGUCUGACGGGGUCCUCACUGUGAAUGGACCAAGGAAACAGCCCUCCGGCCCUGAGCGCACCAUUCCCAUCACCCGUGAAGAGAAGCCGGCUGUCGCUGCAGCCCCCAAGAAGUAG